GAGUGUUUUGAAAAUUGAAUUGUAAUAUAUAUCUAUUUUGAAACUUCUAACCAAAUUAUAAUAGUAUGUUAAAUGUUAUUAAUAAAUAGUUAAAAAAGGUGAACUCAUUAACCAUUUUAAUGCAUAACAACUAAAGACUAUUUUUGCCUCUGAUUAAUGGAGAUUUUUAAGGAGCUUUUCAAUAAAAUACAUACAUAUGUACGGAAUUCGAUUGGAACUAGUUUUUUUUUCUUUGAAUUGUUUGAGCUUUAUCUAUGACCUUACUUCAAACAGGAACGCUUUACGUUUUUUAUUACGCAACUUCAACGGAACAACACGUGUGUCGCGCAGCCAUAGUUUAGUAGAUCAGAAAUUAGACAGUGGUAAAAAAUUUAAUCAGGGGUUUACCCUAAAUUUAUCGAUUUCAAUAUUUUUUUACAUUUGAGUAAAUAAAUAAAUAAAUAAAAUAAAAUAACUCUAAACUGUUUGAAUUGUUUAUUGUUGUUUUUUGUUUUUUGCUUUUUAUUUACUCCGUGUAUCGUUUGACGAAUUACCCAUGUGCUUGCUCUGCUGCUAUCCGCUCAGAGUAAAUAAUCGUAAAUACUUAUUUGCUCAAUCUUGUUACUCAAAUGAUACUAUAGAAAUACACAUUUAAUAAACUGUCUAAACAAAACUGCUCCAGUUUAUCGACGUAUCUCAUUUGCUUCUUUUAAGUGAUAGAUAUAUUUGUAUAGUAAUAUACUUAUGUACUUAUAUUUAUUGCAAGUUGAAAGUGAGUACGUGAAAUAUGUUAACUAAAUCACAGCGCUGUAAAAAUAAAUAAACUAUUGUAUAGUGGUACCAAAAAAUAACACUGUGUGAAUACUAAUAUCCUGCAUUUUUCUUAAAUUAUUUUGUUUAGUACUCGAGUUCGAGAUUAAAAUGAUUUGGGUCGCGAAGCCAUAACUAAAAAAUAGGCGGAAAAGUGAAAACAUAUCUAUUUAAAAUUGGAUACCACCGAACAACAUUUAACCGUCCUUUCUUCAACAAUCAAUAAAUGUUAAGCAUAAGGGAAUCUUUGUUUAACAACAAAAUAUACAGUUAAAUACAUAUCUAGUGUAAAACAUAUCGAAACUAAAAUGACAACAAAUCAAACAGAUUUGCAUCUGAAAAAAAUUACUGGAAGUGAAUAUUUGGAUGCAGGAAAUGUGGAAGAGAUCAAACUGUAUAAACGUCGUUGGGUCGUUUUAUUCCUGUUUGUAUUUUACUCGGGUGCUAAUGCUGCUCAAUGGAUUCAAUACAGUAUUAUCAACAAUAUUAUUGUUAAGUAUUAUGGCAUUAAUGAUAAGUGGGUGGAUUGGACUUCAAUGGUAUACAUGAUAGUUUAUAUACCCCUAAUUUUUCCGGCGAGUUGGUUUCUUGAUAAAAUGGGGCUACGGAUAACAGCAUUGGUGGGCAUUGUUGGCACAUGUGUCGGCUCAUGGAUUAAAGUAUUUUCUGUACAACCGGAUCUUUUUUAUGUCACAUUUAUUGGUCAGACUAUUGUCGCGUUAGCCCAGGUAUGCGUUUUGUCAUUACCCGCACGCAUCGCCGCCGUUUGGUUUGGACCUCAUCAAGUAUCAUCAGCGUGUAGUGUGGGAGUAUUUGGCAAUCAACUUGGCAUUGCUGUUGGUUUUGUGCUACCUCCAAUUUUAGUAGGAAACUCGGAUGAUCUAGAAGUAAUCGGGAGUGAUUUAUUAUUUAUGUUCUACUGUUUCGCAGGCUUUACAACCAUUUUAAUGGUGCUGAUGAUAUUUUUUUUUAGGGAUAAGCCGCCGACACCGCCAAAUCCAAAACGAUCUAUGAUUCCUGCCGCUGGUACGGAUACUGAAGCAUCUUUUAAGCAGUCGUUGAAGAGUUUGGCUCUUAAUCGUAAUUACAUACUGCUUUUAAUUUCCUAUGGUAUGAAUGUCGGCGUUUUCUAUGCGAUAUCAACUUUGCUAAAUCCAGUUGUGCUCAAAUAUUAUCCGGGACAUGAAGUUGAUACCGGUCGCAUUGGUUUGUCUAUUGUUCUUGCAGGCAUGAUCGGUUCUGUUGUAAGCGGUAUUGUCCUGGACCAAAUGCGCAAAUUUAAAGAAACCACCUUGGCUGUCUAUGCCUUGUCAAUGGUUGGCAUGUGGGUAUUUACAUUUACUUUAGAUACGGGUUAUAUCGCUGUGGUCUAUGCGACCGCUGGACUUUUAGGCUUCUUCAUGACCGGCUACUUGCCGGUUGGCUUCGAAUUCGCCGCAGAACUUACAUAUCCUGAACCAGAAGGCACGUCGUCCGGGUUGCUUAAUGCAGCUGCCCAAGUAUUUGGUAUUGGAUUCACGUCUCUAUAUUCAGAAUUAUUCUAUACCUACGGAGCUAUUCCAGCCGAUGUUAUUAUGUCUAUUAUGUUAGUGUUAGGCACGUUAAUUACUGGGUUCAUAAAACCGGAUUUGAGAAGGCAAAAUGCAAAUCAAGAGAAUGUAGCGACUGAAUUCCCAGUUUCUGCCGAACAUUGUCACCAUCACAUCUGAGAAGCUGAAGAAUAUUAAUACGUAGAAAUAUUUAUUUAUUUUUAUUAUAUAAUGGUAAACCAGCACCUAAAGUUGAUCUUCACAUAUUUGCAAACUUUAAUGUUCGUUUUUUAAAAAGACAAAUUUUAAUAUGAAAGUACCAUCUCAAUAUACUGGAGGUGUCUGUUCCGGAAUAUAAACGAGUAAAAUGUAUAUUUCUUUGUAAGUUUAAUGCAAAUUUAAGUGUUAAAUUAGUUUUAAAUAUGAUAGAACAGAUUAAAUAUUGGUUGAUAAA